GAUUGUUUUGACGUUCGUGAUGCUACGUCAGUCGAAGGUUUUCGUUGAAUUAAUGGAGAUGAAGAUCAACUGACGAGUUGGAGGGAGAGGGCUGUCAGCAUGGGAUUAUGGAGCGCCAGGAAAUACGUGGACCACGUUAAAUCCGUGUCUGCGUGCGUUGUUUUCAUCGGGGGAUGCUGGUUCAUGUACCAACUCCGGGAAAUAUCCGAGAUGCUGAGGUCCACGGUGGCCACGAAUGUCCUGACAUUGGAGCAGAAACAGGCGCAGUAUAUCUACCUCGACGAUCCAAAGUUCAAAGAUCUGUUUGUUCACACGAAUGAGAAUGAUCUUCAGUCAUCGAUCAGCGAAAAGCCUAGGACAUUUUCAAAGGUUAUUACGAAAUGGUGGAAAUCGUUGAACAGGAGUUUGGCUUUUAGACUCGUACAUAUUGCCAAGAAUGGGCUUAAGGAGGAAAGAUCGAGGGCUAUUUAUACUUUGGGAUCUCUCAAACAUUUGAAAGACUGGCAUUAUCAGCAAUUAGCGCAGAUGCUGGACGCAAAGACCGCAGUGGGUCUCGCUAGAAUAGCUGAUUCAGAUCUCAGGUUCUUCCUGAAGCCCCCCUACUCUCACAUCAGAAAAAAGCUUUACGAAAUCAUCGAUGAACUCCAUCAGCUCCUGCAGGAUAUGGAUAAGCUCUGUGAGAAUCAUCACACGUGUUUGACAAGAUUUUUAAAGAAAUCUUUUCAAGAAUUUCAUCGCGAUGAACUAGUGCUAGACCACGAUUUAUCGAGCGUUGGAAUCGCCACGGGUUCAGGCGCCUCCUGGGACCAACAGCUCCUCCAGAACUGCAUCCAGGCGAUAUACCAUCACUCCUCGAUAGAGCAAUUCAGUCGAGCUAUUGCUGUGGCAGGGGGUCUGCCAGUUCUGAUGGAGGUGCAGCAGCGAUUCUCCAACGACAUCGACCUGUCGAUUCUCCUCGCAAAGAUCAUCUCGAAUUUGUCCCUGCACAGCGAGUACCUCGAUGACAUCUACAGGUCAGGGUGGAUUGGGGUGCUCGCCUCCUGGGCGAGACACGAGGACGUGAGGGUCGCAGCCCCUGCCGCAAGGGCACUGGCUAAUUUGGACGUCGACUUUCAUGGUGAUGAGAAGUUUCAUAAGAGAAUUUAUCUGCUACAUCCCAUGCAUCGAGUCUCCACUAAACCUGAAUUGGAUGCUAUUUUUAUUCAUGGGCUGCUCGGGGGAAUUUUUGUCUCUUGGAGGCAACGAAAUGCUGAUUUCGAUGCAACAAAUGUUGAAAAUUCACAAAUGGCAUUCGAGACUGAAACCCUAAAUCUCGCAAUUGGCGAUCAGCCCAACGAAUUCAUAAAGGAUCUCGCCCACGACAUGCAAUUACGCGAAUGGAAACAAAUUAGUCAGGAUUACGAAAUUGUUCUCGACGAUUGUCCAGUGUCUAUGAACUCCCGUGCCUGUGGCCCCUUCACCUGCAAGGAGGACGACUACUGCGUGGAGCAGAGAGAGCUGGACCUCCAGACGAGGACAGAGUGCUGGCCGAAAGACUGGUUACCAGAAGACUUACCUCACAUUCGAGUCAUUGGAAUUAAUUACGAUACUAAUUUGUCUCUGUGGAGCUUGCCCUGUCCAAUCGAAAGUAUGAGGAGCACAUUAGACGAGAGGAGUAACGAGUUUACGAAGAAAUUGCUGGCUGCAGGCGUUGGAAAACGCCCUGUUGUCUGGAUCUGUCACUCCAUGGGCGGAUUAUUAGUCAAACGAAUGCUCGUGGAGGAGUGGAAGAAAGGGGAUCCCCAUGAAUUAUGCAAACAGACAAAGGCCAUAUUUUUUUACAGCACUCCACAUCGAGGCUCGCACAUUGCUGCACUCAAACGAACGACGCAGAUGCUCGUUUGGCCUUCAAUUGAGGUGCAGGAGCUGAGAGAAGAGUCCCCAAAACUGCUAAAACUGCACGAAGAUUUUCUGAAGAUGCUAGAAGAGUCCGAAAUCGAGAUAGUGAGUUUCAGUGAGACAAAACCCACGCCUGUGACAGCCCUGAAAUUUCCCCUGCAAUUUGUGACGCCAAAGUCAGCAGAUCCUGGUGUUGGGGAAUUCUACGAGAUCCCCCAGGACCACCUGUACAUCUGCAAGCCAGCGCACAGACAAUCAUUUUUAUACCGCAAAGUGUUGAGUGUUCUGGAGGCAUAUGUCUCCAAGAGUUGAUGGCUAAACUGCGCAAGUUCAUGGGACAAAGGGUGCAGGGGGAGGGACUGGUACUGUAAGUAAUUUAUGAACAAGAUCAUUAUUUUUAAACAGUGUUUUUAAUAAAUUUAGUCUUGUUCUGUCA